GACCUUCAGAAAUCUCUACAGUAUUCUGGUCAUAUUAUGAAAAGCUUGUAAAGACCUCAUGGCCUGGAAGCUUGCGUAUCAUCUCAUCAGCCAACGGCUGCAACCUACACUCGCCCACCAAACGUAGUUAUGAUCUGGAAACAUAUCCCGUUACCUGCGCCGAGGAUUUGCUUUCAUGAACUAGUAUCGAAUUUCGAUUUAUCGAAAUAGUUCCCCGAUGAUGUGAUGACUCCCGACAUCGCCGCGUCCCGCCCCGCGAAACAAAAAGUUCCCCGCGAACACCAACUUCGCCUGGACAUAGCGGUCUUCCAUUCCAACUCCCAAGUCCUCUCAUCCACCCACUACACACACAAUGGUCGCAAAGAAUACGGCAUUCGAUCUGCAGAAAUGCGCGCGAUCCAAUAUCCUCGCAUUGGAGCCAUACCGAUGCGCGCGCGACGACUACAAAGAUGACGGCACCAACAUCCUCCUCGACGCGAACGAGAAUGCAUAUGGUCCGGGACUACAAUUGAAUGGCGAGGGCAAGCUACCUGGCGCAAAUGUCAACGGCACCUCCGACUCAUCUUCCGCGAUUGAUGUCGAUUUGCUUGGCCUAAACCGAUACCCAGAUCCUCACCAAGAAGAACUCAAGCAACUCCUCUGCAACCUCCGAAAUACCCACACCCACACCUCGAAGAACAUAACACCCGCCCUCUUCGUUGGUGUCGGCUCCGACGAAGCGAUCGAUGCCCUCAUCCGCGCCUUCUGCGUCCCCGGCAAGGAGAAGAUUCUGACAUGCCCACCUACAUACGGCAUGUACAGCGUUUCUGCCCAAGUCAACGACGUCGCGCUGGCCAAGAUUCCCCUACAAACACCAAGCUUCGAUCUCGACGUGCCCGCGAUACUGAAGGCCAUGGAUGAGGACAAGAGCAUAAAGCUAGCGUACUUGUGUUCGCCAGGCAACCCGACCGGAAAGCUACUCAAGAAGGAGGACAUACGAAAGAUACUAGAACACCCAUGGAACGGCGUCGUAGUGGUGGACGAGGCAUAUAUCGACUUCGCGCCCGAUGGAACAAGUCUAGCAGAGUGGGUAGCCGAAUGGCCCAACCUGGUCGUUAUGCAGACACUCUCGAAAGCCUUCGGUCUCGCAGGCAUUCGAUUAGGUGCUGCAUUCGCAGACCCAGCUAUCGCGCAGAUUCUCAACAACAUGAAGGCGCCCUACAACAUUCCCAACCCAACGAGCCAGAUCGCGCGCGCCGCCCUAAGCCCUAAGCACUUGCAAGUCAUGCAAAGCCACAAGGACCUCAUUGUCAAGCAGCGCGAUAGGCUGAUCGAGGAGCUGCCCAAGAUUCCUGGCAUUGGGAAACUCCACGGCGGUGUGGAGUCGAACUUCCUGCUCUACCAGAUACUCGAUGCGCCGGCAGACCAGGGCGGUAAACCAUCAAACGAGACGGCUUUGGCGGUGUACGAGGGCUUGGCGGAAGAGAAGGGCGUGGUAGUGCGGUUCAGAGGCAAGGAGCAUGGAUGUCUGGGCUGCUUGCGGAUAACGGUGGGUACGGAGAAGGAGGUAGAUCGCUUCUUGCAGGAGAUCAAGCAAGUGAUCGAGGGUAUUCACCAGAGCUCGGGCAGGCUGGGGAAGAAAGACGAGCAAAGGAGGGAGAAGGAGGCUAAUGAUGUGGUUGCAUAGAUGACUUAGAAUACUCGAGGUGAAGGUGAACUCUGAGCGUUUGCACUCUUGCGCUCAUUCCACUCUGGGACAAUCACAUUCUAGUCUCAAUCUUUCGCUUCGGCCUGGA